AUAAAAUGGUGGGAAAUUUGAGAAAAAGUGUUUCUUAGUUUCAGAGGGAGCAGAAGGGGAGCGAGAAAAUUAUUGGGAAUUUUGUUUUUUUGUUUAUUUUUAUAGCAUGCAUUAUUAACGGUCCGUGUUUUUUGUGGGAAGAUUUUGUGUGCCUUUUUAUUCUCUAUUUCUUUGCUUCUUUUUUCCUUUUUCUAGUGAAAAAAGUAUUGGGAUUUUAUGAGGUGGUGGUGAAUUUAUGUGUGGACAGCCAACUAAAGCAUUGGGUUUCUUUGGUGGAAUGGGUUCUUUUGCCGCUUGGGGGAUGAUGGGUUUGUUGCAGAAACUGAAUUCUACUCUUUCAUGGCGAUGUUUGUGAUCUUCUUCUUCUUUAGCUUCUUUCUGAAGGAGGGAAUUCGUCAUAGGAGUUUGUGGAGUUGAAGAUUCUUAGGUCAGGAACAUGGGGAUAUUGAUAUGUUUUUAGGCUGGUGUGUGAGGUGCUAAUAAAGAGUGAUGAUGGUAGAAGACAGUGUUUGUGAUAGUACUGGAAGAAUAUAUCCAGUCCUUGGAUGUUUGCGUACUGGCUUAUGUGCAGCUUUAAGUGGAUAACAAUGGAGGCAUCAUCUGAUCACCUUAGGAACCAAGAUGAUAUAUCUGGGGUUUGUGAGGAAGAUAUACUAGCUGACCCUUAUGUGCGUUCUCAUAAAUGGAGUGAUAUUAGCUUGAGGCAAUGGUUGGAUAAGCCAGGAAGAUCCGUGGAUGCUCUUGAAUGCAUACAUAUAUUUAGGCAAAUAGUGGAGAUUGUUAAUAUUGCUCAUGCUCAAGGCAUUGUUGUUCACAAUGUGCGUCCUUCAUGCUUUGUGAUGUCUUCUUUCAACCAUGUAACUUUUAUUGAGUCGGCAUCAUGUUCAGAUUCUGGCUCUGAUUCUCUUGAGGAUGGCUUAAAUAGUCAAAUGGCAGAGGUUAAAACAUCAUCUUCUCCCUUUCCAAGCAGCCUUGGAAGCGAGGGUUUUCGAUCUGUUAUGACCCCUAUAAAUGCUUUGUCUGACACUAGUUGCAUGCAGUCAAGUUCAGUAUAUGCUGCCCAAGCAUCGUUAAAUGAAGGGUCUGGAAAAUGUAGAAAAAAAGAUAGAAGACAUGUCGAAGAAACAGAAGAUAAGAUGCAAUCAUUUCCCAUGAAACAGAUAUUGGCCAUGGAGACUACAUGGUACACCAGCCCAGAAGAGGCUUCUGAUGGCCCAAGUUCCAGUGCUUCAGAUAUCUACCGGUUAGGAGUUCUUCUUUUUGAGUUAUUCUGCUCCUUCAGCUCGAGAGAAGAGAAGAAUCGAACUAUGUCCAGCUUGAGGCAUAGAGUGCUUCCUACUCAAUUGCUGUUGAAGUGGCCAAAAGAAGCUUCAUUUUGCUUAUGGUUACUGCAUCCUGAGCCAACUAAUCGACCUAAGCUAAGUGAGUUAUUGCAGAGUGAAUUUCUCAAUGAACCAAAAGAUGACCUAGAAGAACGUGAAGCAGCAAUCAAGCUUCGAAAAAGAAUUGAAGAGCAAGAGUUACUGCUAGAAUUCCUUUUGCUUAUGCAACAAAGAAAGCAGGAAGCUGCUCAUAAGCUGCAAGAUACAAUUUCAUUUCUCUGCAGUGAUAUCGAACAAGUUAUGAGGCACCAAACUAAUUUCAAGAAAAAGGUAGGGUCACGCACUGGUCUUGUGAAGGACGAUCAUUUACCAUUAAAUCUCCCUUCAAUGCCUCCUGUUAGGAAUACUGAUACUGCUGGUAUGGGAUCAAGGAAACGAUUUAGGCCAGGAAUUUUGACCCAUGAUAUAGAAGCAUGCGGUGAUAAUCUUGAUGACUGUGAGAAGACGAGUUCAGACAAUGAAAACGAACAAGGUGUACUUUUUAAGAGUUCUCGAUUAAUGAAGAACUUCAAGAAAUUGGAGUUAGCAUAUUUUUUGAUGAGAGGUAGAGUAAACAAGCCAUCAAGGCAGUUUGUGAAACACUCAUCAAUAAGUAGCGAUGGUAGGGGGUCCGUGGUUUUGACUGAAAGAAGUUCAGUUAAUAAUUUGGCUUCAAAAGAGAGUUGCAAUGAUAGUAGACAAGGUGGGUGGAUAAGUCCGUUCCUGGAGGGUUUGUGCAAGUAUCUAUCCUUUAGCAAGUUAAAAGUCAAGGCAGACUUGAAGCAAGGAGAUCUAUUGAAUUCCUCCAAUUUAGUCUGUUCUCUCAGUUUUGAUCGCGAUGGAGAAUUUUUUGCCACAGCUGGUGUUAAUAGGAAAAUUAAAGUGUUUGGAUAUGACUCAAUCGUGAAUGAAGACCGUGAUAUUCAUUACCCUGUUGUUGAAAUGGCCAGCAGGUCGAAACUAAGCAGUGUUUGUUGGAAUCGUUACAUCAAAAGUCAAAUUGCUUCAAGUAAUUUUGAGGGUGUAGUGCAGGUAUGGGAUGUCACAAGAAGUCAAGUAGUCACUGAAAUGGGAGAACAUGAGAGACGUGUAUGGUCCAUUGACUUCUCAUCAGCGGAUCCAACAAUUUUGGCUAGUGGGAGUGAUGAUGGAUCAGUUAAGCUCUGGAGUAUCAAUCAGGGUAUAAGUAUUGGAACAAUCAGAACAAAAGCCAAUGUCUGCUGUGUACAAUUUCCUGUGGAUUCUGGCCGGUCCCUUGCAUUUGGUUCAGCUGAUCACAAAAUUUAUUACUAUGACAUGCGGAAUAUAAGAGUACCUUUGUGCACCUUCACUGGACAUAACAAAACUGUGAGCUACGUCAAGUAUAUAGACUCAAGCACUCUUGUUUCUGCAUCCACUGAUAACACCUUGAAGCUCUGGGAUUUGUCCAUGUGCACAUCCCGGGUUGUUGAUUCUCCAGUUCAGUCGUUCACAGGCCACAUGAAUAUCAAGAACUUUGUGGGGCUGUCCGUCUCUGAUGGUUAUAUUGCUACAGGUUCAGAGACAAAUGAGGUUUUUAUCUACCACAAAGCCUUUCCAAUGCCAGCAUUGUCGUACAAGUUUCAAAUCGAUCCUCUUUCGAGUCAUGAAAUGGACGACUCCGCACAAUUUAUCUCUUCGGUUUGUUGGCGAGGCCAGUCAUCUUCAUUAGUAGCUGCAAACUCAACUGGGCAUAUCAAAAUUUUGGAAAUGGUUUAGAAGAGAGGUAAUGCCUUAAAGAAGGGUAAGUUGUUUGCAGAAAAAUUGAGGCAGAGAGAUAUGUCGUAUACCCAAGAAAAGCUUGUGCAGCUAUAGCUUUUUACAAAGGUUAGAUCUUAAUAUUAAGCAACAAUAAUUUGGCAUUAUAUCAGAGUGGGGGGGGGGCACUUUUGUUUGGAAGAGAUUGGUGUUGCUCAAGUCUGUAGAUAGCAAUUCAAAGCAGUAAGAGAGAGAGAAAGAGAGAGAGAGAGAGAGAGAGAGAGAGAGAGGUGUGGGGGUGGGUUGAUAUCCCUAUAUUCAUGUAUAAAUUGAAUGCAAAUCGUUCAGAGCAAUUCAGUAUAUGGUAGUCUUGCAUCCUCACCCUCACUAAAA